AUGAGCGAACUUUUCAGAUUCACCUUGACCCGUCCCUCGGAGUUGGUGCCAGACCACAUAAUUGUGGGACCGGCUCUGGAGGGUAAAACACUUGCGGAAAUAUACAAAGAGUUAGGAGACGGGAGCGACUGCGUCGACUUUAAUCAGGUGAGGUCCGAAUUAAAAUUCGGCGAUAAGAUCGGUUUGCUUGAUGAACUCCUGCCGUCUCAGUCACCUUCGGGAGAUGUGGUGAAAGAUUCCGUAUCUACGGUGUUCGAAGGACAGGAUCUGGAAGAAAUACUCGGACAAACGUGGCGCAUCGACGAAGACCACUUGGAUACGGCUCUUAUUCGUCUGUAUUUAUUGGGAAGGGAUCGACAUGGAGCUGGACCCAGUAUUACUCGUUAUCGGCAACUGUAUGAUCUGGUAAGGCAGGAAUUACUGAGUAGGCAGUCAACUCAUCCACAGCCGGUGUUUUGUUUAAAGCACCUACUAUUCCCCUUUUCCAUGCCAAUAACUCCCCAUUCCGCUGGCGAGCAAAAAUUCCACCAGAAGUCGACUGGCCAGUCAGAGACCAGAGACCUGUUGGAAGACUAUACCGAGAUCCUAAACGUUUUGACUUCGGACCGACUGCAUGCAUAUUUGAAUAUUGAAGACGAUGAACGGCAUCCUUUGCGUCUGAGACAAUCCUGGACAAGGUCUCUGACUCCAUCUGCCAAGGGAAGAUUGUCCAAAGACUUUCCAAGAGAAGACAUUUCUGAUUUCCAAGCCUUGCACCAAACUGCUGUGAGAUUCGCCUCCAAGGAAGAGAGGGUCUUGAGGGGCUCAUCUCCGCAACGAACGGUUCAUACCUUGGGAUCGAUCGGGCUUGGAACAACCGGGAAACGGGAACUUCCCUGGCGUGUUGGGAAAGCCGAGCAAAGAGAUGUGCUUCCAUGGGUCCCAAGACCAGUUCCCAGCUCAAUCAGGCCUUCGGGCGUUGGGGAUCUCCUGGUCGUCCGGACUCAUAUACUUCGCUAUGAAGGGGGUGAGAUAGUCAAUAUACAAAACGUAAUAAAGAAUGAGCGCUUUCUUCGGGAGAUCAAGAAUUUGGACCGAACCGGAACGGCAGAGAUGACUCCCAAGACCAAGGAAACGGAAGAGGAGCGCGAGUCUUCCUCGACAGAAAGAUAUUCCUUGAACAACGAGGCCAGCAACGUCAUCAAAGAAGACUCAGCGUUCAAAGCCGGACUGCCAGUCAGCAGAAAGUACGGGCCAAUCACGGAGGUCAAGGCAGACACUUCGGUUUCCGAAUCGGGCAGCUCGGACGAAGCGAUGAAGGUCGCGACCCAGUUUGCAAAGAACAUCACCUCGCGAGCCGCAUCGAAAGUGGUUCAGAAAAGCUUUCGAUCGCAAGUACAAGAAUUGCAAGAGAAUUUCUGUCAUGAAUUCGAUAACACUGGAGAUGACGCCUCGAACAUCAGCGGUAUCUAUCAAUGGGUCAACAAGGUGAACCAAUCCCAGAUAUACAACUACGGCACGCGACUGCUGUUUGAUAUCGUUGUUCCUGAGCCUGCAGCUUUCCUCGUGGAUGCUCUAGCCGCCUCCCGCGAGAUAGCCGCAAAACCUCCGGAAUUUACAGCGUCGGCCCUGGACAUAAAUGAAGCCAACUAUAGCUCACUCGCCGCCGAUUAUUGGGCGAGCGGCCAUGAUGUGGAAAUCCCCCCUGGAUACGUCGCUUAUUCGGCAACAGCCAAUUUGAACCUUGCUUUCAGCUUCGAAAGAGACAUCGAAAACAUUCCUGUGUCUAUCUCGAUAGGAGAGAUGACGCCGGGCGAAAUGAAAUUUGUCAUUAAGGGGGAAGAGACUAUGUGGGUGCAGCAGACACACGCGGUCUUCUCCUUGCCGUUUCCAAAGGACACGGUAGGUAUAGCCGUUUCGUUGUGGUCCUCUCUAGGGUUUUCAGGCGCGGUCCGCAUUAACUGCAUCCGAAGUGCAGACGGUUUCCGCCAGUGGCAACAAGAGACGUACGAUAGUCUGCUCAAAGCCUAUAUAAAGCGUGUCACCACGUACGAGCGUGCCGUUGCCGAAGCAGCCGUUGCGUCUCCUGGCACCCUUCCGGGGUCCAAACCAGAUGGAGCCAAGCGGCUCAUCCGCAAUGAGCUGAAGAAAGCCUGUAUCGCCAUGCUGACAUCGCAGAACUUCACGGUCUUCGACGGCCUCCAGACCGAUACGGCGCAUGGCGUUGUUGAGAUCAACUUACGCAAGGCCGUCGCACAGGGACGGUACAUUCAAUUCUUCGAACAGGCAUUCGAGUGGGACCAGCUGCAGUACGUUCUGUAUCCAUACUACUGGGCUCGUAAGUCGACGUGGAAGGAACGGCUCCUCCAAACUUCGACUGAUCCGGACUUCGCGGACUUUGUGCAGGCCGGUGCGGCCAGAGUGCAAUUUGGAACGACGCUGAAUUUCGGAAACGACGUCCUGUAUUUCUUACAGACCGGCCAUAUAUGGCAGGGCGGGCCGGUCCCAACUCUGGCUAACAAAGAUUACCUCCCCUUCAUCAACGAAUUGGCCAGGGCCCAGGAACAGACUGGAAUAGAAGUUGCUAAGGGCGAACCUUGGGAGACGAGCGUUCCAACAGGAUUGGUCAGGCUAAGAGAUGAAGACGCUCAGUGGACAUGGGAAGUGAAUGGACCAAAAUGGGAGAAGGACCCCUUGAGUGGCUACUGGAAGGAAGUGCAUUAG